AUGAAAGAAACAACAUCACAUGGUAUUUCUGAAACAGAUCGCUUAUCACUGAACAUUUGUCAUGCCUGCAUAAGUUAUUUAAAUUCAUGGCAAAGUUUUAAAAAUCGAUGCGAUGCAGCACAGAGAAAACAGAAAAUUUGGCUUUCAACGGGUGAUGGAAAAGCUUCCAGUGGGCAGUCGUUACUUAAAACACAACUUAAUGGUCAUGGUAAUCAUUUAAAACCAGCUCUUGAAAAUGCACAACAGAAAUUUCAAGAGAAACAAGCUGAAUUACAACGAGAAAAGUUACAACAAUUGGUACAGCAACAACAAGAGAAGCAUCAAGUCGAUACAAGUUUUAUAAAAUCUGAACCAGCAUCUGAUGAUGAUGACGAUGAAGAGAAUGUCAUGGAAUUAGAUCCAUCACAAUUUUUAGCUCAAGGUAGUAGUGAUGAAGAAGAAGAAUCAGUUAAUGAAGAUAGUCGAGCAGGAAGUUUAUUGAAUGGAAAUGGACCACCAAUAUUAACAUCGCUUGGACUUACACAUGUCAACAGCAUUCCAUCAAAUCCUUUUGCAUCUUAUUUGAACUCCGAUGAUUCAGCAAGUGAGGAUAAAGCAAGCGAAGUGUCCAGUAAUGGAAGUCGACAGACACAAGUUCCAGCUAGCUGUAGUGUUUGUAAUUUACAAUUUUCGAACCGUGCCAAUGCUCGACGUCAUGAGAAAAACAUUCACAUGCUUUCACCAAAGCCUAUCGGACCAUCAGCAACAGCAUCAUCAAACCAGCAAUCAAAAGUAAAAGCUGAAGCUCAACAUUCAACAAUGAGUCAACCAUUGUCAUCAAAUAUUUCUCUGACAAAGAGAGCAAGAGUACAAACACCAAUUCAUAUCGACUACACGAAACCUGAGAGAUAUCGUCAUCUUUUGACACCAUCAAAGUUGCAUUUCAUUCUCAGUAAUUUAAACUUUUUAGAGCAAGCUCAGAACAUGAAAUGCAAAUGCUGCAAUAAACAAUUUCCAAGUUAUAAAUUCUUCAUGGGACACAUGAGAAAGAAGUAUCAUGGAUUGCCACGAAAUGUUUGCUUUAAAUGUUUGAAACAAUUUGACAGCAAAGGACAAUUUAUUGGUCAUUUGAAACGUCCAGGUGGAACAUGCCCGAAUCUUUAUAGGCUCGUCAUGGCUGACGACCAAAUUCCUAAAAAUUUACUUCCAACUGAUACAAAUUUAAGAACACCAGCAAAAGAUGUUCUCGCUAAUCGCGUUUACGCAUGUGCGAUUUGUGACGAUACAUUCAGACUUAAGUCAGAUUUUCGUGAACAUGUUUAUCGUACACAUUUGGAAGUAACAAAGAAUCGCGAAACACCAAAUGCCAGUUGUAUAAAUUGCAAUGAAUCAUUUACAGACUCAUCAGUAAGACGACGACAUUUCAAUAAUCUCGAUUGUAUCGUUUAUAUUGUUUGCAACACAUGUGGUGAACAAUUUCCAUCGCAAGCUGUUUAUCUCGAACAUGUUUAUCAGACACAUUUACAAGCGCAAGAGAACGGUGAUGGUGGUGAAGAAAUUUUAUUUGAAGAGCCACCUGAAAUGGAUCUGAGUGGUAGUGGUGGUGAUAUUGUAAUAUCGAAUAAAAGUACACAAAGUUGUCCCGUUUGUGAUAAGCAAUACAAUAAUUAUUACAAUGUUUUACGUCACAUGGAAGCGAAACAUCCUGAUCAAGUACCUCAAGUUUAUCAAUGUCCCGAAUGUCCUGAUGAGAAGUUCAGUAAGCAAACAUAUUUGAGAGAGCAUUUGGCAAAAGUACACAAUAAAGUUGACGUGUCAUCACGACAACUUAUGCAACAUCAAAUAACGCCAGCAUUUGUAUGUAAAAUACCAAAUUGUGGAAAAGAAUUUCGUAAAAUUCCUGAAUGGCUUGAACAUCAAGUAUCACAACAUAAUGAUCAACAAUUGCGUUGCAUGUUUUGUGAUCACAUCGGUGAUAGUCGUGAAGAAUUCGAGAAGCAUGUUGAAAGUCAUAUGAACCAAACACAAGGUGAAUCCGACGAUGAGAAUCCAACACCAACAAAGACAGAUCCUGAACAAACAAAAUCUUAUAAAUGUCGUCAUUGUAAUAAAAGAAUCGCAACAAAAACAGGCUUACAAAAGCACAUGAUUAAAGUUCAUAAUGUCGGUGGUGAGCUCGUUAAAUGUACGCUUUGUCCGGCUGAUUUUGCAAACGAUAAAGGCUUGAAAGUUCAUUUGUGGCGUUGUCAUGAAAUACGUGAAGCUGAUUAUGAGAAAAUAUUACCACCAGAUCUUCUCGAUCCUUACAUGCAACAACAAAGAAAGAUUAAACAAGAAGAAGAACAAAAAUCAAUUCUCAUUGCAAAUCAAAUUGGAAGUACAAAAGUUUUUGAAUGUUUACUUUGUCAUAUUGUUUAUACGUCACGUGAUGAGUUAGCUGAACAUCAGAAGACAAUUCAUGCAAUGGAUGAUGUUGAUGUGAUGGAAACUGAUGAUACAUAUAACGCAAUAAUGCAAGAGAAUUCGUCAGCAACGCCGAUCGCUCAUGUGACGGGGGAUGAUGACUCGCAAAUGAAUGCUGCGGCUGAUGCACAAGAAUAUUGGUUUCAAUGUCGUUUCUGUCAACGAUCUUUUAAUUCGAGUAAGAAGCUUACAAUUCAUAUGAAUAGUCAUCAAGAUGGAGCAUCGAAUGGACCUGACAAACAUGGCGAAUAUCCGUGUAAAGAGUGCAACAUGGUUUAUAAGUCAAAGAAGUCGCUUUGGGUUCAUCGACAUAAGAAACAUCCGCGAAUUCCUGAACCGUCUCAUUGUAUUGCCUGCGAGAAGACUUUCUUUGAUAAAGCUGAAUUUGUUCUUCACAAACAACAAGUUCAUCCUGGAAGUGUCGAUAAUCAUUUGGAAGGAGAAGCGGAUGAUGGCGAAUCAUUCCUCACUGAUGGCCAUUGGUUGUUAGAUUCAUCAACAUCUGAUUCACCAACACAAAUGAAACCACCAGGAAGAGACAUCAAUAUGAUAACAACAAACUCAGGAACAAAGAAACGUAACCGUCCAGCACCGUCUGAAACGCCUGAUGGUGAAUUUGCUUGUGAUAUGUGCCCGAAAGCAUUUUCUAAUGCCAAUGCCCUCCAAGUUCAUCGUGGCUGGCAUUUCCGUUCACCUGAUGGUCGUAAAGUUACAGACCCAUCACAAAUGUGGAUGCCAAAUCAAACGCCACCAAGUAAAGUACGACGAAAUGUUGCACCAGUUCAGCUGCCAUCAGUCGCAACUCCAAUUUGUCAACAUUGUAAUACAAAAUUUGCCAGUCAUAAUAAUCUUCGUCGUCAUAUUAUUGAAGUUCAUAAAAAGAGUCAAAGUGGAAGCACCUUACAUGAUGGAACAACGAAUGAUGAUGUAAAAGUUGAUCGUGUUGGUGAAUGCACGAAAUGUAAUGUGACAUUCUCAACAUUAGCCGAGUGGGUUGAUCAUAAAAUUAAUGAUGCUAAAAAUAAAAGAUCAUCCUUUGUACCUUCAAGUGGUGGAUCAUCAGGUGGUGGUUAUGAAUGGAAUUGCGAAAUUUGUACAAAAAUUUUCACAAGAAAAGAACGAUUAAUGCAACAUAUGCUAAGUCAUUUAAAUGAUCGUGAAAUGAAUCCUGAUGUUCUUGCAAUUCAUAAACAACAAUUACAACAACAAGAAGGAAUAGAAAAAGAAGAAGAUGAUGAGUCAAAAAAGAAGACUUCAAAGAAUGGCGUACGAGAUUCAGAAGAUGAAGCUGAUUCAUCAGGUGAAGAUGAAACUGAAAAUUCCGAUGAUGAAGAUGAAGAAGAAGACGAUGACAAUAGUAAACCAAAAACUUUCAGUUGUGAACUUUGUCAUUUUAAUUUCGAAAAUUCACAAGAGCUUCGUUCACAUGUCGCUGAACAUUUUCUGAAUGGUGGUGGAACACAAACGACGGUGAAGAAAGAAGAAAAAGUUGAAGAAAGUGACACAGAACUUGAUAUUGAUGAAUAUGUGGAGCAAGAAUUAAAUGAAGUUGAACUUGAAGAAGCUCAAGUUGAUUAUCAACAAGCAACGACAUCGCUAGAUGAAGAUGAAAGUUCAAGUGAUGACGAUGAUUCUUCGUCAUCUGCUGAUAAAAUAGAAGAAACUCCAAAGAAUUCGCCUCAUCCACCUCUUCCUAAAAUUCAAGUCCAAGUUCAUCGUUGUCGUGUAUGUAAUGCCGCAUUCCUCGAUACAGCUCGAUCAGUUGAGUGCAUGAUGAAUCAUCAAAAACCAACCAGUUAUAAAUGUAGCGAAUGUCAAUUGUUCUUCAAUGGUUCGAAGCAGCUUCAAGAUCAUGAGAAGCUUUGCCAUUCAUAAAAUUAAAUAGAUUUUUCUAGAAAAAAAUUAAAUUAUAGUCUCUAAAGAAUUUGAAGUCUGCAUUGAAUAAAUUUUAAAUUAAGAAAAAAAAGCUUGUAAAUCAUUGUUUUUAUUUCAGAAUAAUUUACGAGAUGACUUCAAUAACUUUUAACUUCUUUAUUUUUUUGUUUUUAAUAAAAAUCUUAUGUUUAAUGCGGACACAUAAAGCUCGUCGGAAUGGCGAGCUUGCUUACAUUCUAAGGUCUUAUUUUAAAUGAAAAAUAUACAAAAAAAUCAAAUCAAACAAUAUCUGUAGAGUUUUCUUAAUUAAAUAUUGCUAUUGUAAAAUUCAAUUCCUUUUAUUUUGUUCACAAAUUAUUCAAUUUUUCUGUUGUUGCAAGAACGAGAGUUUAGAAUGAUAGAUCGAUUUCCAAUACGAUUCUAAACUCUGUCAAGAUGUCUUUUUUUGUACACUAUUUAAAGAAAAGAUUAGGAGAGAAAAAAAUUUUUGAAUCAGAGUUGAAAGCUUACUUACGUCGGUUUACGUUACGUAAAAAUUACGUAAAUAACGUAGUGUAUCCAAUAUUUAAAUUUUCUGUCACAUUACGCUUAAUGGGUAACAAAUUUCUUAAAAAAAUCUUAAUAUUUGUAUCCUUUUAUAAUCAUACGAAGAUACUUUUGAAAAAAUCUUCAUAUAGCACUUGAGUAAUCGCUAAGCUUAGCUUAGGGCAAGUAGCGGAUCUGUGUAAUCUGAUGAAGUUGUGUAUUUUGGCCCAAGCUUCUUUUUAUAUUUCUUUACGACUUUCGUCUUUGAAAGCUUUGAUUUAAAUUUGCUUAAUUUCAUCAAUUUUUUCUCAUUUUCUCCUUGAUCAACAUCUGUCAAAUCGGAGCUUUCGUUUUCCUUUUCCUUCUCUUUCUCAAGAUCAAGCAAUUGCAAUUGUUCGAAAAUAUUCUUUGGGCUUGGAUGUGAUGGAUGGGAUUGGGAGGAAUUUUUAUUAGCAUAAACAACGAUGAAAUGAGAGAAGGCUGGGUCACUUCCCCCAUUUAUUUCAGCGAAAUCUUUAAAGUUUUUAAAUGGAUCUUGUGGGUAGUAUGCCUCCUUUUUCGAAGAAGUAAGUUGUUGAGCGUUUGGUCUUCCAUGUCCAUUUAAGAAGCUUGCAUAGAAAUCGUUAUCGCCUUUUAAUCUAAACGAUCUUUCACCUUCCGGGAAGAAUGUUCCACCUCGAACAACAGAAAAAUCUCCUGAACCGAGAAUCGAUUGAUCAAAAUUAGAAGCGCGACCAGCACUGUAACGACCAGCAAUUGAAGCUGCUGAGUUUUGUGUUUGAUAAUUUCGAACUGGUGAUGAACCUGCUGGUGAAUUACGGAAAAAUAAUGGAAAGAAAUUUUGUUCAGCUGGAGCUGGAUUUUGUGCAUCGAAAGAUGAAUGAGAAGCUUCGCCAUGUUGAGUUUGAUCGCUUCGAUCGAUUGAAGCAUAACUGUUGGGGGUCUGAAUUUGUCUGAACCCAUUGUUUGACUCCCGAAUUAGUGGUGAUGAUGAAUAUUGACGAACUACUCUUGACUCAGACCUUACAACACUAUACUGUGGUUUAGGAAGCUCGUCAGGCUCCAUCCACAUGUCAGAGUCGGGAUGAUCAUCGGUAGCUCUCUCACCGUGUGGUAAUCCAAAAAUUCCACUGAACACCAAAGCUGUUACAUAAAUUAUUAAAAUUCUCUUCAUGCUUAUAUUACAACACGCACUUAAUGCUUAUUCACAAAUUAUUUUUUUUUUUAAUUUUGUUAUGCCGUCAAUUCUUAAUGCAUUUUUUUAUAUCAUUGCAUUUUUGUCCACGAUUUCAAUUUUCAAUUACAAUCAGAAAAAGCUUCGCGGGUGUUUCAAAUGG